AUGUCUUCUCAGCAAUCAAAAACAACAUCCCGGACAAGCUUCUCUGCACAAGGUAGUAGCAUUGGAGAGUUCCAUACCACGCGCGAUUCUACUGGUCACAUCAUCCUAGCAGACGCAAAACUUGAAAACAGUUGUUUCACUCGAAUGAUCAUCGACGAUCCUAUUCUACUUCGGAUGUUCGAGCCUGAGGCAAUUCCAGGUUGUCACGACCUGGAUGGAAAUCCAUGGCCACCGAUGCAGCUUACUCAUAUUCCACAUGGUCAAGCUCGUCAAUCAAUUUACGAGUCGUUGCACGAGAUCUCGGACAUUCUACGCCAAGAAGCAAAGACGCCAAACUUUAAUGAGGAUGAGAAUAAAUCGGCAUUCGAACCACGGGCGCACUUCGAUCUUGGGCGACUUGUGGAUCUCUCCCGGUUGCCGAAUGGGGCGUCGAGUGCGGAUGAGUAUCCACAGGCUAAUGCGAACGCACGAGAAGCGGUGCUCAAUUCUAUCCGAGAAAUGUUCUUUUCAGGGCUUAUGCCAGCUUUACGGCAGCGCAGUCUUGCCCAUCCCUUCAAUCAGCCAUUCCAGGUUGAGUUAACCCCAGCCGGUGCAGCUUCGACUUUCCCUUCAAUGACCCACCGGCCGCAAUCAACGGCAGGCCCACCUACGGCUCAUCAAAAUGCAAAAGCCCCAGCUCAACAAGAGGAUAAUAAUCAAGUUUCGCACAACGAAGCUACAGUGGAGUCCGAGCAGCGACAUGAGGGCAAGGCUUUACCACCUUCGAAAAUUGAUACACGGCAGUCUUCUACCGUUGGAAGACAUGCAGAUUCAUCAACCCAGAGUAACAUUGACGUCUUGCCGUAUCCCGGCAACUCCGCCGGCCCCACCGUGAAUCGUGCUAAAGAUACCACCAUGCGCAACAACUUUGGUCCAAUCCGUGGCCACACGCAAGGUGCUCGCCACGACGCCGGUAAGGCUUUAUGGGACAACACAAACUCGCUGCUUCCCGACUCUCCAACCCGCGAGCAAUAUCGUACGUAUAUCCGGGCGACGCGGAUGAAGGUGGCAGACGAUCCUGCGGCGAAGGCGGUGUUCCAUGCUGAGCUUGCAGCAUUCGUGACGAGAAUGCAUAUUGUGGAAGAACACAAUGCUUAUGCUCGAUUCAUGAAGAUUGGGUACAACAAGAAGCAUCAUGUCCCGAUAGUGGCGUGA